GGGCCGCAGACCUCCAUUAUUUCUAACCAGCUCUAGUAAAAAAAAAAAAAAAAAAGAAGAAAAAAAAGCUCCAUAGAGGGAGGAUCGGGCUGGUUGAUGCGGGACAUUGUGCAGAUCGUGCGGUGCUGCAGGCGCUCCCCCGGCGUGAAAUAUUUAUCUAUGAGGAUUGAAGAAACACUGGAGACAAGAAUAUACUGAACACCAGUAAGGUUCCCGUUCUGCGCACUGCCCCAUAAAUACAUUCCAAAAUGUUCAACCUAAUGAAAAAAGAUAAGGACCGAGAUGGGGUCAGAAAGGAUAAAAAGAAAGAAAAGAAGGAGAGGAUGUCUGCAGCCGAGCUGAAGAGUCUGGAGGAGAUGAGCAUGAGGAGGGGCUUUUUUAACCUUAAUCGUUCCUCAAAGAGGGACUCCAAGACCAAACUGGAAAUCUCUAAUCCUAUACCUAUUAAAGUAGCUAGCAGCUCUGAACUGAAUCUUACCGACAUUGACUCAGAUAAUGUCAGCAACAGGGGAAGCGCUCUCUAUGACUCUGGGCAUCUCAGUACUGCCAGCUCCACUGAUGACUUGAAGAUAGAGGAGAUCAACUUCAAAGGUAGCGUUCUUCAACGAGCCGCUAAGUUUGGUUCUCUGGCCAAGCAGAAUUCUACUGGAAUGGCGCAGAUGGUCAAGCGAUUCUCUUUCUCCCAAAAGAGCAAAGACGAGAGUCAGUCUGAAACCUCCACCCCAUCUGAAAACUCUGCUGCUCCUUCACCACAGGUUGAAAUCCGAGCUUUUGAAAACCAGCUUAAUCUAUACUCUGUGCCUUCAGUGCAGGUAGUCCCACCGAGCAAUUCUCAACCUUUUGUCAAAAUUCCAGAAGUCGUUUCGAAGUCUUUUCUAGCGGAUUUGCGGCUACCAUCUGUGCUUCCACCACAGGCACCUGUGCCAAGAGAAUUAGAGCUACAGAGAAGAAACACUGGAGAUUUUGGCUUCUCACUACGUAGGACAACCAUGUUGGAUAGGGCACCAGAUGGCCAAGUAUACAGGAGGGUUGUCCAUUUUGCAGAACCUGGUGCUGGCACUAAAGACCUCGCUUUGGGGUUGGUACCCGGGGACCGUUUAGUUGAAAUAAAUGGUCGUAAUGUGGAGAAUAAAUCUCGAGAUGAAAUUGUAGAGAUGAUCCGCCAAUCUGGAGAUACAGUAAGGCUAAAGGUUCAGCCCAUCCCUGAACUUAGUGAACUAAGUAGAAGUUGGCUGAGGAGUAGUAAAGGGCUACGAAAAGAGGCUUACGACGCUACAAGCCCUGUAUCCCAGCAGACGCCGCCAGAGGAGGCCCAGAAACGUCUAGAGAGGAUCUUCAUGGCAUCUCUGGAACCAGCAGCCUCUACUUCUGCUCCACUGAGCCAGGUACUGUACCCCUGCACACAGGAUCUCUCUGCCAACCCAGCCUCGUCUUCUAUCCACAUCUGGGCUGGUGUCUGUGCGCGUGUGUCAUGCUGGAGUGCGAAGACCGAGGAGCAGAUCUCUGCAGAGCAGAACUGGUAUGAGACUGAGAAAGUGUGGCUGGUUCACAAAGAUGGAUUCUCUCUGGCGAAUAAGCUGAAUGCAGAAACCAGCAGCCUACCUGAAGGAAAAGUGAAGAUCCGACUUGAGCAUGAUGGGACUGUACUUGACGUGGAUGAGGAUGAUGUGGAAAAAGCGAACCCGCCGUCUCAUGAUCGGGUGGAAGACUUGGCGUCACUAGUUUAUCUGAAUGAAGCCAGCGUACUUCACACACUGCGACAACGCUACGGAGGAAACUUGCUUCACACGUUUGCCGGACCAGCUAUGGUUAUUAUGAAUCCCAUGAGCUCUCCUUCUAUAUAUUCUGAGAAGGUGAUGCACAUGUUCAAAGGAUGUCGCAGAGAAGACACAUCACCUCAUAUAUAUGGAGUGGCGCAAGCUGCAUACUGGAAUAUGCUCAUGACUCGCCAGGAUCAGUCCAUCGUCUUACUGGGGAACAGUGGUUCUGGCAAAACUACAAGCUGUCAGCAUGUUAUCCAAUACCUGGCUACAGUGUCUGGUAGCAUCGGAAAGAUUUUUUCAGCUGAAAAAUGGCAAGCUGUAUAUACCAUCCUGGAAGCUUUUGGUAAUAGCGGCUCAAGUCUCAAUGGAAAUGCCACACGGUUCUCACAGAUCAUUUCAUUGGACUUUGACCAGACUGGACAGGUGGCUUCAGCUACUAUACAGACCAUGCUUUUGGAGAAACUCAGAGUGGCGAGACGGCCAGAAAAUGAAGCCACAUUUAAUGUCUUCUACUACCUCUUGGCUGGUGCAGACAACACCCUCCGGACAGAGCUUCAUCUCAACCACUUGGCAGAGAACAAUGUGUUUGGCAUUUCACCCAAGGGUGAAGACAAGCAGAAGUCAACACAGCUGUUCAGCAAACUGCAGGCGGCCAUGAAAAUCCUGGGCAUCUCCGCAGAGGAGCAAAAGGCCUUUUGGUUAAUACUUGGAGCAAUUUACCACCUGGGAUCAGCUGGAGCCACCAAAGCUGGCAGGAAGCAGUUUGCCCGGCAUGAGUGGGCACAGAAAGCUGCAUAUCUCCUGGGCUGCUCUCUGGAAGAACUUUCCUCAUCAAUAUUCAAGCACCAACCAAAAACCAGUGGCCUUCAGAAAUCGACCUCCUUCCGUCAAGGACUGGAUGAUGCAAGCCAAGGAGAUGGCCCAGGUUCCAAAUUGUCCGCUUUGGAAUGCCUGGAAGGGAUGGCUUCCGGUUUGUACUCGGAGCUGUUUACGCUGCUCAUCUCACUGCUCAACAGAGCCUUGAAAUCCAGCCAGCAUUCCCUUUGCUCGAUCAUGAUCGUGGAUACCCCGGGCUUUCAGAACCCUGAGCUGGUGAAACAGGGACGGGGUGCUACUUUUGAGGAGCUUUGUCACAACUAUGCACAGGAGAGACUGCAAGCUCUGUUCCAUGAGAAGACGUUUGCGCAGGAACUGGAGAGAUACAAAGAGGAAAAUAUAGAGCUUGCUUUAGAUGAAAUUGAGUCCAGUACAUCUGGCUCAGUAGCUGCUGUAGACCAAGCUUCGCAUCAAACACUGGUAAGGACCCUUGCAAGGACUGAUGAGGCCAGAGGUCUUCUGUGGUUACUGGAAGAAGAAGCAUUGCAGCCGGGUGGCAACGAGAACACCCUUUUGGAACGACUUUUUAAUUACUAUGGACCUCAAGAAGGGGAAGAGACUGUUAAAAAGCCUUUACUCCGAAGCAAUAAAGAGCAUCAUUUCGUACUGGGGCACUCCUAUGGCACGAACUGGGUGGAGUAUGACGCGACUGGGUGGUUAAACUAUGUCAAACAAAAUCCAGCCUCCCAGAAUGCUGCAAGCUUGCUGCAAGAUUCCCAAAAGAAAAUAAUUAGCAGCUUAUUUGCUGGCAGAACGGGCACAGCGACAGUCUUAUCGGGUUCAGUAGCUGGCCUGGAGGGGGGGUCCCAGCUGGCCCUGCGCAGAGCAACCAGCAUGCGGAAGACUUUUACGACUGGUGUGGCAGCUGUGAAGAAGAAGUCACUUUGUAUUCAAAUUAAGCUUCAAGUAGAUGCCCUGAUUGAUACUAUCAAGAAGUCCAAAAUUCACUUUGUCUACUGCUUUCUACCCAAAGCUCAGUCAUGUAACAGUGAGGCUCGGCUGGUACCAGCUGCACGGGUUGGCUCCAGUGAGUCAGACCUGUCAGGUGAACGCUGUGAUGCGGAGCUUAUGCAAGUCGAUGUCCCCCUUUUGCGAGCUCAGGUUCGAGGGUCCCGCCUUCUGGAUGCUCUUCGCAUGUAUAGACAAGGUUAUCCUGAUCACAUGGUAUUUUGUGAAUUCCGCAGAAGGUUUGACAUCUUGGUUCCUCACCUCACAAAGAAACAUGGUCGCAACUAUAUUGUCACAGAUGAAAAGAGGGCUGUAGAAGAGCUUCUAGAAUCCCUGGAUCUGGAGAAGAGCAGUUAUCAUAUGGGUCUAAGCAGGGUCUUCUUCCGUGCAAGCACCUUAACAAAGCUUGAAGAACAGAGGGAUGAGCAGACCCGUAAGAACCUUAUAUUAUUCCAGGCCGCAUGCAGAGGCUACUUGGCACGUCAGCACUUCAAAAAGAGAAAGAUCCAACAGCUUGCUAUUCGCUGCAUCCAGAAAAACAUCAAGAAAAACAAAGGUGUAAAAGGCUGGCCCUGGUGGAAGCUCUUCACUACUGUUCGACCCCUCAUACAGGUGCAGCUCACAGAAGACCAAAUCCGAGGAAAAGACGAGGAGAUACAACAGUUGAAAAGCAGGGUGGACAAAGUGGAAAAAGAGAGGAAUGAGCUGCGACUGAACAACGACCGCCUGGAGAGCAGGAUCACAGAACUGAAUUCUGAGCUCGCAGACGAGAGAAACACCGGAGAAUCUGCCUCCCAGCUACUGGAGACAGAGACUUCCGAGAGGCUGCGUGUAGAGAAAGACAUGAAGGAUCUGCAGGCUAAAUAUGAUGCACUUAAAAAGCAGUUGGAAUCCAUGGAAGUAGAGGUGAUGGAGGCCCGACUGAUCCGCGCAGCAGAGCUAAAUGGAGAGAUGGAUGAUGAUGAUUCUGGAGGGGAGUGGCGGCUCAAGUACGAGCGAUCUGUACGUGAGAUUGACUUCACAAAGAAACGGAUGCAGCAGGAGUUUGAGGAUAAACUGGAGGUGGAACAGCAGAGCAAGAGACAGCUGGAACGCAGACUUGCAGAUCUGCAGGCAGAUAAUGACGAGUCCCAGAGAACACUGCAGCAGCUAAAAAAGAAGUGCCAGAGGCUGACGUCUGAGCUACAAGAUACCAAGCUGCAUUUAGAAGGGCACCAGGGACGUAAUCAUGAUCUUGAGAAGAAGCAGCGAAGGUUUGACACUGAACUGGCACAGGCACAAGAGGAAGCACAAAGGGAGAAAAUACUAAAAGAAAAGUUGAGUCGAGAAAAGGAUAUGCUCACUUCUGAGAUCUUCAGCGUCCGACAACAGCUGGAGGAGAAAGACUCUGAGAUUUUAGUCCUAACACAUAAGGUUGAACAGCUGGAGGUAGAACUUCAGGAUGUUUCCUCUCAGGAAUCCAAGGAUGAGGCUUCUCUUUCCAAGGUCAAGAAACAGCUCCGAGAUCUGGAAGCCAAAGUUAAAGACCAAGAAGAAGAGCUUGAUGAGCAAGCGGGAACCAUUCAAAUGUUGGAGCAGUCCAAACUACGCCUGGAGAUGGAGAUGGAACGGCUCAGGCAGUCUCACUCCAAGGAGCUGGAGAACAAAGAUGAAGAAGUGGAGGAGAUUCGGCAGUCCUGCCAGAAAAAGCUGAAGCAGAUGGAAGUUCAAUUAGAAGAGGAAUAUGAGGAUAAACAGAAGGUCCUGAGAGAGAAGAGAGAUCUGGAAAGCAGAUUGAAUUCGGUUAGCGAACAGGUCAGUCAGCGUGACUUUGAAACCGAGAAACGUCUACGCAAGGACCUGAAGAGAACGAAAGCUCUGCUCGCUGAUGCACAGAUCAUGCUGGACCACCUAAAGAACAAUGCACCUAGCAAACGGGAGAUUGCGCAACUAAGGAGCCAGCUGGAAGAAUCUGAAUUUACAUGCGCAGCUGCGGUGAAGUCUCGAAAAUCCAUGGAGGUUGAAAUGGAGGAUCUCCAUCUUCAGAUCGAUGAUAUUUCCAAAGCGAAGACAGCGCUAGAGGAGCAAAUCAGCCGCCUGCAGAGGGAGAAGAAUGACUUACAGAGCAGAAUGGAGGAGGACCAGGAGGAUAUGAACGAGCUGAUGAAGAAACAUAAGGCAUCUGUAGCUCAGUCCUCCCGAGACUUGGCACAGAUCAAUGACCUGCAGGCGCAACUUGAGGAAGCCAGCAAGGAGAAGCAAGAGAUACAGGAGAAGUUACAAGGAUUGCAGAGUCAGCUGGAGUUCUUAGAGCAAUCCAUGGUGGAUAAAUCUGUAGUAAGCAGACAGGAGGCCAAAAUCCGGGAGCUGGAAACCCGCCUGGAAUUUGAGAGGACCCAAGUGAAACGCAUGGAGAGCCUCGUAACCCGGCUAAAAGAGAACAUUGACAAACUGACUGAGGAGCGGGAUCAGCGAGCUGCAGCCGAGAACCGUGAAAAAGAACAGAAUAAAAGAAUGCAGCGGCAGAUAAGAGACAUGAAGGAAGAGAUGGGUGAACUGGCGAAGAAAGAGGCAGAAGCCAGCCGUAAAAAGCAUGAAUUGGAAAUGGAUCUAGAGAGUUUGGAGGCUGCAAAUCAGAGUUUACAGUCAGACCUGAAAUUGGCCUUCAAGCGUAUUGGGGACCUUCAAGCUGCCAUUGAAGAUGAGAUGGAAAGUGAUGACAACGAAGACCUUAUCAACAGUGAUGGGGAUUCCGAUGCAGACUCAGACCUGGAUGAAAGAGUAGAUGGAGUAAAGUCUUGGCUGUCCAAAAACAAAAGUUCUUCCAAAGCCUACUCAGAUGACGGCAGUUUAAAGAGCUCAAGCCCCCCAACCUAUAGGAAACCGCUAAGCUAUGACAGAGAGGAGGAUGAGCAGGACAAUUUUGGAAGCACAUACCGAUCGAAAUAUUCAUCACGGAGCUACCUGAGCGACAGUGACACAGAAACCAAAUCCUCUGAACCCUUGUCCUAAUCUUAAUGAGGAUGUGAACAGUGCCACCUAUAGGAAUGGGGAAAUGUUGCCGUUUCCACAGACUGAGAAAUUCGGUUUUUGUACGUGUCCUUAGAACUGUGUGUAUUGGCUUUCAGCCUGAGAAGAAUGACGUGCACCUCAGUACAUCUCAAUACAAACUUGAGACCCCCCCCAUUCCUGUCCACCACCUGGCAACCUUACUGCAUGGGCUCAUUUCUGCGUUUAAAGUUGCAGGGUGCUUUCAUUGGAUUGUCUUUUACUUUACUUGUUGAUGGUUGGUGGGAAUGGAGAAGAGAAUCAGAUAAAUUAUUAUCUUCAUGUACUGUUUUCUGCAUCUUUUUUUCACCCCUUGGUGGAACAGUGAAUUUCCGAUAGCUGGGAUUUCUCAUUGUCCUAUGGCCUCUACUCUCUCUAUGUAUAUGUAAAUAUUAGGGGAGUAAGCAGUCCUGGAGGCUCAUGAUGGGGGCUCCCAGCUUCAAUGGUGCCUUUUUCUGCCCUCCUGGUUUAACCCUUUAGUAUGGGAAACCACAUGCUUCCUAGACCCCUCCUAAGUGAUCACCCUGUAUCUUUUUAUUUACAUAUGUUUAUUAUGUAUAUACAGUUGCUAUCCUGGUUGAAUGAGAAUAGACAGCAGAUAUAAUGUAACUGAUCACUCGGGCUGGCUCUGCUGGGGGGUCAUAGUUCAGAAUGUGGACAAUGAACAGAGGCAUGCUGCAAUAUGUAGGUAUCUAACAGUGGAGGACAUCCUCUAAGCCAAGGCUUAACGUGUUAUUUAAUACACAGUAUUUCUUAAUCUCCUAGCUUGCCAAGGGGACGACAUAAAGCGAUUACAUUGGUAUUUCAAGCCUUAAUACCAAGAAUAUGUACAACCGUUCUGACUGACACAAAUUGUACCUAGAUGUAACAUUCUUCUUUGCUGAUCUGCAGUCAACUUAAAGACGAAACAUCUCAACAUGCAAGUCUUGUAGCACGAACGCUUAUCGUUGGCUGGAUUUUGCUUAUCACUUGCUAUGGUGUAACAGUGAAAGUGUCAUUUUUAGUGUUGAAGUUGUCUUAUGAAAAACAGGGGGAGCGUCACUGCCACCCCCGUAUCCAGAAUGACAUCUUACAGUUACAGUAUUUACUCUCCUGCAUGUGCUGGAACAUGAGUUUUGGUUCUGCUUAAAAAAAAAAAAAAAUCUGAACAUCAGAUGCAGUUAAGAACAACCUCCUAUUCAACCAAGUAACUUGUCUAGGAAGCUGAGAUUUUGGGUGCUGUUUGUAGGACGCCUGCAAUUAAUAGAAUCUGUACCAGGCCAUGUACUGAUAAUACGGGAACACUGUGCUUACUCUUUUCCUGUAAAGUAGAUACACCUCAUAGUGAAUAUUCCCCCCCCCCCCCUCAUUUUUUUUUUUAAAUCUAAAUUCUUUUAAGCAUUCAUUUCUUACUGUGUUAUUAUAUAAAUAUGCCCAGACUGCCUGCUUCAAUAAAAAAAAAAUGGACCUUCUUGCUGUCCUUCAGCCUCAGUUCUAGCAGAAUAGAACGCAGUUCUUGCUGAACUUCACUUCCUUGUGCUGGGGUUGACAUGACAUAUUGCUGGCCGCGGUGGUGUCCUGCCUGCAGGGGAGUGAGGAAGGUAAGUAAAGUUUUUUUGUUGUUGUUGUUUUUUGUGCAAUUUUUGUUUAAGCAAGCAACCUGGGCAUAUUAAAAAAAAAAAAAAAAACACACUUUUUCCAGACAACCCCUUUAACAGAUGACACUUUUGCUGCCUACAGCCUUAUAACAGUGUAGCCCAUUCACAUAGCAACUGGGUGUGUAUGAAUGCUAGAGGCUCUUACUACCCUAGUGCUAUCAUUUAAAGAAACAGCAAAGUGAACGACUUUGCUAUAACACUUUUGUAAUAUAGAAGUGAGAUAUUGACCAUAAUAGAUCAAGGAAUAUAAUACAAUCUUGUAUCAUCCAGAGUGCUCACAGUUUGCACCUAGAGUCCACUGAUGUAAAUGUCAGUCGCUCUGGAGCAGAUAGUUCUCAGAGAUCAUACUUAAGGAAGAUCUCUGCAGGAUUAAAGGGGUACUCCGAAGGAUAAGGGAUAAGAUGUCUGAUCGCAGGGGUCCCGCCGUGCCGGAUGACUGACGAUGAGGGGCGGAGGCUUGUGACAUCAGUCAUGCCCCGCUCGUGAU